UUAUACAAAACAGGCAAACACACACUAUAUAACAUCCUUUGGCAAUUGUGCGCUCCUCCCACAUGGAAUGGCCUUAAAUGUGCAACAUCUUUGUCGCCGGUGAGAAGUCGCGAUCAUGUCAGCAUAGCUGCCUCUUCCAUAGGAGCCUGGCAGCCUUACCCACAAUGAAGCGUUUGAUACUUCUGCUCCUGCUUAUUAUGAUCUUUUGCACGGAAAGAGGUUUGUCCUUAUAUUGUUUCAGAUGUGGUCAUGCAAAAUCCCAUGCGGAUUGUACCAGCUCCAUUAGAUGCUCCGACAUGGAAAAAUUCUGUGUGUCUCACACCCAGCAAGGACCCGGGGAAGAACUGAUGAUUAGCAAAUGGUGUUCCCCGAAAUGUUCCAGAUUCAGCCUGGAAAUCAAAGGAUCCCACGUGUCCUCACAGUGCUGCCAAACUGAUUAUUGCAACAGCGCUGGGCCCAGCGGUGCACGAAGCAGCGGUGUCCUUGUGAUGGGGGCCGCCCUCGGCAGCUUCUUCUACAUCUUCCAGAAAGAGUUGUGAUAGGGGGGACAGGAGGAGAGAAAGAGAGGCCUGCAAUGAGUCUCCAGAUCUCUAGAUUUCUCGAAUGCCCCCCCCCCACACAUACGCACAUGGUUCCUUUGGCUAGUGAGGGAAGACCCUCCCCCUCUCCUAAAAGAAUGAAAUAUUUGGAGAAAUAUUAAAAAAAGCAGAAUCUUAUAUUUCCCUGAAUGAGAAACGGAGAAACAUGCUCUUGGAAAGCAGCCCCCGCCUUCCUUAAUAGCCCCCAGCAGAUAUUUUUUGCCCAUUAAGAAAGACUGGACCAUCCUUUUUUU